AUGACCUCUCCAGCCCCAGGCAAUCCCGCAGCGAGCGCAACGCCCAAAGCCAAAAACAUCCCCAACCCUCGACGCCUCCUAAUCCUCGCACCAACAACCCAAUCCCACUCGAUCAUCCCACCUCUCCUUAACUCCUUAACCGGUGUUCCUGUCACAAACCCACCGCAAUCAGCAGAUCAACCCUCCGAAACCACCUUCGCAGGCUACACCACACAUAGUCCUCUUCGCCUCGAAACAAAAUACUACAACACCGAAGUCCCAGUCUGGGUCGAUGAGAUCCCUCUAUCUGAUACAAAAGAGCAAUGGAAAACAGACUUCCUGAGCGAAGAAGCUGAGAUCGUCCGCGAGGCUGUUGGCGCAUUGGUCGUUUGCGCGAAUGCGCCGGAGAGUAGUCCUCCGGAUCUAAGUGGUGAUAGUGAUACAGCUGAGCGUGAGGAUGUGCGCGCAUUGCUUAAUGUUAUGCGCGGCAUUGCCGCUGUUAAAGAGAAGAUUGAUGAGGAGCGUGGGAGUGUUGGGGAUGUUCCUGGGGUAUUGGUGUUAGUUGGGGCGAGAAAAGUUCCUGCGUCAGCGGGGGUGAAAGCCUCUGGUUCGCAUGAACAGGAGAUUGGAGGUGAUUUGGGUGAUGAUCUUGGGGAUGUGGUGCCGUUGUCGGUUGGGUGGUGGGAGGAUCAGUUCUUUGAUAUGGGGUUGCUGGGGUGGGAGGUUAUUGAGUGGGAUCCCAAGGAGGGGGGUGAAGAGACGAGGAAUCAAUAUGGAGAACGGGAGGGGAUGCCGAGGAUCAAGGAAGUUCUUGAAACGCAUGAUUGGUCUAUGACCAGUGCUGGAGUCGAGGAUGAUGCAGACUCUGAGGAUGGCCUUGAAGAUCAACUGUUGGGCAUGGGUAGCUCCCGUGGGUUUGGGAAUGAGGUUCAUGAGCUUGAGCGUGAGAUGUUUGGUCUGCGAAUGGCAAUUGAGCGUGGUGGCGGUGAUGGCGACGAGGACGAGGAUGGACAUGAUGAUGACGACAAAGAGAUCGAUGUUGAAACUAUGGAGUCGCUGAUGAUGCGCAUGCAGGCAAUUAAAGAUAUGGGCUCUGACCUGCCAGAGGCCGAGCGCAAGCGAUUCGCUGCCAAGGCUGUACAGGAUAUCAUGCGAGAACUAUGA